UGUUUGUUGACUCUGCAUGAUAGUGCAUUUUCAGUGACACAUCUUUUAACUAGAUAAUUCAUCUCCAAGAUCGACAUAAUGUUUGCUGCUGCCGCUAUUCUACUGGGAAUAGCUGCGUUUGGAGUCCAUUGUCAAGGAAAAGUCUGCAGUGUCGGAGAUAUAAGACGUGCUAAUGGUACCGAUUUCAGUGGUCGAGUGGAGGUGUGCUUUAACAAUACCUGGGGCACAGUCUGUGAUGAUGGUUGGGACUUAACUGAUGCCAAUGUAGCUUGCCGACAAUUGGGCUAUCAUACAGCUCGUGAUGGAUUGAGUGUUGACUACAGUGGACAAGUAACUGGAGACAUUUUCCUCGAUAACCUCAAUUGUGUUGGCAAUGAGACCAGACUGAUCGAUUGUCCUCAUAAUGGUGUUGGUGUUCAUAACUGUGACCACUCCGAAGAUGCUGGAGUAGUGUGCCAAAAUGAAGUCUGCAGUGAUGGAGACAUAAGACUUGCUGAUGGUUCAAAAGCUUUUAAUGGUAGAGUGGAGGUGUGCCAUAACAAUGCCUGGGGCACAGUGUGUGAUGAUGGCUGGGAUUUAUCUGAUGCCUAUGUAGUUUGCCGACAACUUGGAUAUCGUUCAGCACUUGAUGCGCUCGUUCCCGCAUACUUUGGACAAGGAAAUGGAGAUAUUCUCCUGGAUGAUCUUGAGUGUGCUGGAAAUGAGACCAAACUGAUUGAUUGUCCCCAUGAUGGUGUGGGUGUUCAUAACUGUCACCACUCCGAAGAUAUAGGAGUAGUGUGUGAAAUUUGGUGUCCAUUGCUGACUUCCCACAUUAACUCGACUGUCUCUCACUCCUCACUGAGUCUGUGGAGUGUAGCCACCUACAGUUGUGAUGGUAGCAGCAGGACUUGUCAGAUUGAUAGGAGCUGGAACGGACCUGUGCCAGCUUGUGCAGGAGAGCCUGUUUGUGCUAUUCUUCCCAAUCCAUCUAAUGGUGUUUUACAAUACAAUGAUACAGUACUAAUUGAGACCACUCAGGUCAUGUACAGUUGUGAGGUUAAUUAUACUCUCAGUGGAGACAGCACUAGAACAUGUGGGAGUGUUGGAACCUGGGGUGGAUCAGCUCCAACUUGUCAAGUAUGUACUCAGGAUGGAGCUGUAAGGCUGGUCGGGGGGAACAGCACACACAAUGGCCGAGUGGAGGUGUGUAGUACCAGUCUCAAUACCUGGGGGACUGUGUGUGAUGAUUUUUGGGACAUCAAUGAUGCUAUUGUCGUUUGCAGACAAAUGGGAUAUCGUACAGCUCUCAAUGCAGUCCGCCUGGCAUACUAUGGACAAGGAAACGGAGAGAUUCUUCUUGAUAACCUUGCUUGUGCUGGCAAUGAGACCAGACUGAUCGAUUGUCCUCAUAGUGGUGUGGGUGUUCAUAACUGUCAUCACAAUGAAGAUGCUGGAGUAGUGUGUGAUGGAGUUUUGUGUCCAUCGCUACACUCUCAUAUCAACUCGACUGUCUCUCACUCCACGACAUUUUGGGGGAGUGUAGCGACCUACAGUUGUGACGGUAGCAAAAGGACUUGUUUGAGCGAUGGGAGCUGGAACGGAUCUGUGCCAACUUGUGCAGGAGAGCCUGUUUGUGCUGCUCUUCCAAGUCCAUCUAAUGGUGUUCUACGAUACAAUGGUACAACACUAGUUGAGAGAACUCAAGCCAUGUACCAUUGUGAGGUUAAUUAUACUCUUAGUGGAGACAGCACCAGGACUUGUAGGGGGGAUGGAACCUGGAGUGGGUCAGCUCCAACUUGCCAAGUGUGUGUUCAGGAUGGAGCUGUAAGGCUGGUCGGGGGGAACAACACAUACAGUGGUCGAGUGGAGGUGUAUAGUACCAGAUUCAAUACCUGGGGUACAGUGUGUGAUGAUAGCUGGGGAUUAAUUGAAGCUAAUACUGCUUGCCAACAACUGGGAUAUCUUAUAGCUCUUGAUGCAUCCCAUCUGGAAUACUUUGGACAAGGACAAGGAACUGGAUAUAUUCUUUUUGAUAACCUACAGUGUGUUGGAAAUGAGUCCAGGCUGAUUGACUGUGCCCAUAUUAUUGGCCUGGAAAGUAACAACUGUGGACACUUAGAUAUUGUUGGAGUAGUGUGUGAAAGAGAGCCUGUUUGUGCUGCUCUUCCCGAUCUCUUUAAUGGUGUUCUAAUAUACAAUGAUACAGUACUAGUCGAGAGUACUCAGGUCAUGUACAGCUGUGAGUCUAGUUACACUCUCAAUGGAGACAGCACUAGGAUUUGUAGAAGUAAUGGAACCUGGAGUGGGGCAGCUUCAAUCUGUCAAGGUCUCCCCGGACCAAUCAACCACACCCUUAUCACUUCCAGCCUCAUAUCUCUAAAUACAGUGGAAGUCAUGUUCAUCAUUCUCGCAGACAAUAAUAUCCCCAUAACUGGGUAUCGCUACAUCCUUUGCAGGAAUCACUGUACUAAUACCACUGUAAACACAAUGCCUACGGGCAGCAACAUGCUUAGGUUUACUAUCAGACAACUGAUUCCAAACAGUCGGUAUAUUCUGAGAGUGUAUGCUGUGAAUGAGCUUGGAGAGGGCCCCAUUCCUGAUGAGGACCCUGAUGCUCACAUUUUCAAUUCAGCAACUAAAGCCGAUGGAAAACCUGCUAACCUGAUGGUUGCAUUUUCCACUGAAACGCGGCUGGUAUUGUCAUGGACACUCCCAGCACUUGCAACACAUCCAGACGUUACUGUCACGAAUUUCAGGAUCAGCUGGGGAAAGACUGGAGACCCAUCGUCUAGUUAUCUUCUACCAUUUAGUUCCAGCACACCACAGCAAAGAUUCACUAUACCCUCCACCCUUGAACCUGCCACUCGCUACACAAUUGAAGUGAUUGCUUACUACUCCGUCCCUUUACUUAUAAGUGACCAUGCUGUUAUCAAUGGAACAACGGUAUCGGUUGGCCAAGUAACUAUUACUUGUCUACCUGGUCGUGACUCUAUCUGGGAUGUUGAAUGGCCAGAAACAGGGAGAAAUGUGACUGUACAAGGAAUAUGUCCUAAUCAGUUAGGCACAGAUGUUAGCGGACAAGCCGCUCGCUACUGUAACAGUAAUGGUGUAUGGGCUGACCCUGAUGUCCUGCAAUGUAAAAACAUGGAGUUUGUUAGCAUUCUUGAGCAGGUAACCAGUACUUCAAACGAGGAGCUAGUAGAGCAAGCAGCUAAUCUCACCAUGCAACUGGCCGCCAUAACUCAGCCAAACGUGAUCUCAUUACUUCCUUCCUCCCUAAGUGCCAUCAAUCAAGUGCUGAGUCAUGUGAUUGGGGCACUAGAGGAACAGUUGAAGAUUUCAACCACUAAUGGAAAUGAACUGAUAGUGGAUGUGCUGAACAAUGUACUGGAGGUGAACAACUCUCAAGGAUGGAAAGAUUUGCGGUCUACUGAUGCAGGUGGUCAAGUGUUGCUGGACAAUGCUGAGAGACUGGGUGUUCUGUUGGCUAGAUCACGGAAUGAUAGUGGAAACACAGAGCCAGUUAGGGUGUCUAGGCCAAACAUUGCCAUUUCUUCAAAUCUGAUCGACAAUUCCAAGGCCAUCAUGGAAGAAGACAUCACUUUCCCUAAAAAAGAAGAUUUGGUCAAUUACACAACCUCACCCAUUCCGAUACCUGCUGCUAUUCGAAUACCUCCAAAACUGUUGGCAGAGAGACAGCAUGAACAAAACAGCACAGGUAUCCCGAUUGUUUUCAUUCUCUUCCAAAACCUUGGCUCGUUUCUGCCUACCCCCACUGGUGGUCUCAGUAACACCACCCAGGGGGCAUCAGUUGUCAUCUCAUCUCAGGUAGGAGAGCAGAGGAACGGUCGACCCUCCCAGACACUCCGACAAUCCCCUUUGUCUCUCAACUUCACUUUCAAUGAAAUGGAAAACACUGAAAGUUAUCGUUGUGUGUUCUGGAACUUUUCUAAGCCAGUUGGCAAUGGUAGAUGGAUCAGUGAUGGAGUAUUAACUGUUGGCAAUGCUACUGAGAGAUCCACAACUACUGUUCAGUGUUCUAGUACUCAUCUCACUAGCUUUGCUGUCUUAGUGGAUCUGGGAGAUGGAUUGAAGAAUAUUUCUGAAGUAGAGAACAUAAUUCUUGAUGUUGUUUCUUAUGCUGGCUGCUCUAUCUCUGUGCUCUGUCUGAUAGUAACCGUCGUCUUCUACCUUGCUCAAGGGAAGCAGCUGUUCAGCAAGGUCCACUACUUUGUUCAUCUCAACCUCUCCAUUUCUCUGUUGUUGGCUUACUUAGUGUUCAGUGCUGGAAUUGAAACUGCGGUUGGAAAUAAGGUUGGCUGUGCCUUUGUGACUGCCCUCCUUCAUUACCUAUUCCUGGCAGUGUUUUGUUGGAUGUUGUGUGAGGGAGUCAUGCUGUAUCUGAUGUUGGUGGCCGUGUUCAGUGCAGUAACAAGGAAGUGGUGGUUUUUUCUUGUGCUUGGCUACUUACUUCCCCUGCCCUUUGUGUUAGUCACUGUGGCCGUUAGGUGGCGCUACUAUGGUGUGAUGGAAACUGAACAUUCAGAAUUCUGCUGGUUGACAACUCGGGAUGGGACAAUCUUUGGUUUUGUUGCUCCAAUGCUGGCAGUUAUUGUGAUCAACAUUGUUUUCCUGGGAUUCAUUCUGAAAGUGCUUUGGAAAAACAAGAGAAGUGUUGCAAAGAGAGUGGGAAAACCAUUUGAUGAGCAGAGAAAUUUGACAAAACUUGCCAAGUCAAUACUGCUGGGCGUAGUUAUUCUCCUUCCACUACUCGGCCUUACUUGGGUAUUUGGACUGCUUACUCUCGUCAACAACACUUCAGCCUUUGCCUGGAUCUUCACCAUCCUCAACUCACUCCAGGGAGUGGCUAUUUUGUUUUUCCAUGUUUUAAGAAAUGAUAAGGUAAAAGGAGAAAUCAAGAUAGGCUACUGGUAUAGAAAGUUUUGCCGUACCUCUGCGAUUUCAAGAUAUGAUACAAUGUCUGGAAUGUCCACCCUUGCGAGGAAAAACUCAAAAGACACCGGAACGCUCAAAUCCACUCUCCCAAGAGGAGGAACACUACCCCCAUCUGAGCAUUCGGAGCAGCAGUCACAGUACUCUCAACUUCCGGCCAAUACUGAAACCAAGAUGGACCUAGUAGCUGAAGCUGAUACAAUAAUGGAGGCUGUUGCUGAUUCACUGGACACUAAGGUCGAUCUUAAACAUGAUAGUGAUGUUAAAGAGGACCUCGGUAAUCUAGUGGACUCUAAGGAGGACGGCAGGAUUGACAUGAUUGAGGACACGACAAUAACGCUCAUUGAUGAAGAUACUAGCAAUUUUGUUGGUGAAAAAACAAUGGGCAAAACAUAUCUUCCACUGGCAAUUAAUGUUGCAGACGGUGGAAAGGGCCGGGAUUAUUAAUUGUGUGUGUGACUGACUUAAAAAAAAGAGUGCGUUUAGUGUAAUUGUAUGCUAGAUAUGUAAUUGAUACAUAAUUAAAGACAGUUUAAAAAUGCAUUGG